AUGGGCCGGGUCAGCUUACUCCUCCUGCUGCCCCUCGUUCUGAGGGUCCUGGAACAGAGUGAGGCGGAACUGGGGGUCUGGGGCAGGGAUGGGAAGGGCACGGGCCCUGGGUGUGGAGGGGCAGGUGUGCAAGGAUCUGACCAGAAAAAAGUCUGUGGACAAACUGUGACUGGAGGACGAAUCCUUGGGGGCCAGGAAACUACCCUAACACGGUGGCCAUGGCAGGCAAGCCUGAAGUAUAAGACCCACCACUGGUGCGGGGCCACCCUCAUCCACUCAAGUUGGGUGAUGACAGCUGCUCAUUGCUUCCAAAACCAGGCUCAGGAUCCCAGAGUUUGGAAGGUUCAGCUGGGCUCACGCACCAUUAGACCACACAAAUUAAGCUUUAGCUACUUGUAUUCCCGACGGGUGAAGGAAAUCAUCUUGCAUCCCUUCUACUUCGGGUGGCCUCCCAAGGACAUUGCCCUGGUCAAGCUGCACUCACCAAUCCGCUUCAAGAGGAAUAUCCUGCCCAUCUGUCUCCCAACUUCCCUGACAGAGUUCGAAAAUGUGACCAGGUGCUGGGUGACAGGUUGGGGAAGAAUAAAAGAACACGAAUACCUAAGGAAACCCUGGUACCUACAAGAGGUAGAAUUGCCUCUCAUCGAUCAAGAGACCUGUGACCUGUACUACCACAUGGGAACACAACUUCCUCCUUUUAUAUCCAGGAUAUAUGACGAUAUGAUAUGUGCUGGUUUUGCAGAGGGUCAGAAGGAUGCCUGUCAGGGUGACUCUGGAGGUCCCUUGGCAUGUAAGGUCAAUGGUAUUUGGCAUCAAGCAGGUAUUGUGAGCUGGGGAGAUGGCUGUGGUCGACCCUACCGGCCUAGUGUCUUCACCAAUGUCAGUAUGCACACUGACUGGAUCUUAAACACAAUUAACUCAAGCACCUUUAGCUUAAUACCCUCCAGAUUUUUCCUCCUCCUCACACUACAACUGCCCUAGGCCUCUGAGCCCAUUUCCCAAGUCAUCUGCUUAAGGUCUGACAAGUAUGACUACCACCUAAGCUAA